GUAAAUCUGUCGGUUUUGUGCGAUAGUGACAAACUUGGUCCUCCCACAUCCCUGUGAGAUUUCGCCAACAGAGUUCAAAGGACACAAGUCCUGCCCCUGAGCUUAGCAGCGAGAGCGGAGAGACGGUCUUUAUCAGGCGGAGGUUCUGCUGGGAGUUGGCCACUGCAGCCUCGGUCAGCCUGGGAAACACUUUCCUCUGUUAGGAGCUUGUCCACAGACCACCGCCAAGAUGCCUUCCAUGGUCAAUGUACGCGUCACUACGAUGGACGCAGAGCUGGAGUUCUCCUUUCCGGGCAACACCAAAGGAAGGCAGCUGAUUGAACAGGUUGCCAAGACGAUUGGCCUGCGUGAGAUUUGGUACUUUGGCCUUCAGUUUGUGGACAGCAGAGGAUGUGUCUCGUGGCUGAAUGCUGACAAGAAAGUGUUGUCCCAGGAUAUAAAGAAAGAGACUCCCCUGCUGUUCAAACUCAGGGUCCAGUUUUAUCCCGAGGACGUGGAGGAGGAGCUGAUCCAGGACAUCACCAGGAAGCUCUUCUUCCUGGAGGUGAAGGAGGACAUCCUGACAGACGAGGUCUACUGUCCCCCGGAGACCGCCGUGCUGCUGGCCUCCUACGCCGUCCAGGAAAAGUUCGGCGAGUACGACAAGUCGGUGCACCGGCAGGGCUACCUCUCCUCUGAGCGUCUGCUCCCUAAAAGAGUGCUGGAUCAACACAAGCUGUCAAAGGAACAGUGGGAAGAGAGAAUCCAGGUUUGGCACGAGGAGCACAAAUCCAUGCUGAAGGAAGAGGCGAUCAUCGAGUAUCUAAAGAUCGCUCAGGAUCUGGAAAUGUUUGGUGUUAAUUACUUUGAGAUCAAGAACAAGAAGGGCACAGACCUGUGGCUGGGAGUCGAUGCACUAGGGAUCAACAUCUAUCCAAAGGAGGACAGACUCACCCCGAAAAUUGGAUUCCCGUGGAGCGAAAUCAAAAACAUUUCUUUCAACGAUAAGAAGUUUUUAAUCAAGGCCAUAGACAAGAGAUCUCCGGACUUUAUGUUCUACGUUCCACGUCUGCGUGUCAACAAGGGCAUCCUGCAGCUUUCUAUGGGCAACCAUGCCCUGUAUAUUCGCCGCCGUAAGCCAGACAACAUCGAGGUUCAACAAAUGAAGGCCCAGGCCAAACAGGAGAGGCUCAAGAAGAAGAUGGAGAGGGAUCGGCUGGAAGGCGAGAAGAAGAAGAGAGAAGCCAUUGAGAGGGAGAAGGAGCAGAUGGAGCGAGAGAAGCAGGAGCUGAUGAUGAAGCUCUACGAGUUUGAAGAGACUACUAAGAGAGCGGAGCGAGAGCUCCAGGAGCAGCUGGACCGGGCCAUGAGGCUGGAGGAGGAGAGGAGGAGGGUGGAGCAGGAGGCGGCCCGGCUGGAGGCUGAGAGGAUGGAGGCCAUAAUUGCCAAGGAGGAGCUGGCCAGGCAAGCUGAGGAGCAGAUGAAGAGCCAGGAGCAGCUGGCUGCAGAGCUGACUGAAUACACCGCUAGGAUUGCUGAGCUGGAGGAGGCCAAGAGACAAAAGGAGGAGGAAGCUGAGACAUGGCACAUCAAGGCCACAGAAGUGGAGGAGAGCCUGUUAAAGACAAAGGAAGAGCUGCAGACCGUGAGGAGCCCCACCAGCUCGGCUCCUGCCGAUCGGCCCCCCUCGUCCUCCUCCUCUUCCUCCUCCUCCUCAGAGAGCGACCACGAGCACAGCGAGGACAACAGCACCCACAGCGCCGAGCUGCAGACGCAGGGCAUCGACGACCACCGCAUGGAGGAGGAGCGGCUCACCGAGGCUGAGAAGAACCUGCUCCUGAAGAAGAAGCUGAUGGACCUGAGCUCAGACCUGGAGCAGUCCAGGGACGACGCCAAGAAGACCCAGAACGACCUGCUUCACGCCGAGAACGUCCGGGCCGGACGCGACAAGUACAAAACCCUCCGUCAGAUCCGCCUGGGCAACACCAAGCAGAGGGUCGAUGAGUUCGAGGCCUUGUAGAAACCCUGGAAGACCUCUCCUUAAUACCUCCAUCUAAAUGCCUUUAAAAUAUAGUCAGGUGGCCCUUUAAUUUAGCCUUGAAUCAGGUACCCGCGAAUCAGACACCAACUUCAGAGUCGUCACCAAGCAAAAGAGUACAGCCAUUUUUACUCCUUUUGUGCUCAUACUGCACACAAUAAAGGGAUCCCCUAAUCCCCAUGGACUGGACGUGCAAAAAAGCAAUAGAAAGCCUGUUUCUUUCUCCUGAUAGAAGAAGUCCCUAAGUCCAUGCCGCCCUGGGUGGAGCGCCACAUCGCCCAUAUCAAGAACAGCCAUCGAUUACAGCCAUGUGUAACUUAAAGACCUGUGAAAAGCUUCAUCUUGACUUCCAUGCAUUUUAUUUUUGCUGCUUGAAAGUACGAUGGCCAUUUUCUGUCAUACCAAAACAUUCCUAAAAUGGUGUUUAUUUACAUUAGGACAAUUAUAGAAGAUGAUGAUGAUUUCAUUGUGGAGGCCAGCUGAAAUGCAUGAGCAAAGCUGGUAUUAGGGGCACUAAUGUAUGCUAAUCAUAAGUUGCAAAAAUUUGCAUUUGCAGUUUUGUUUCACUAAACAUGUGACUUUGUUUAGAUGUAUUUAAUAAAUGUAAGAGGCUGCAAA